ACUAUAUCAAAGCGAGCACCUCGUGAUCCGUGCAUCCCCUUCACAUUUUCCCCCAAAUCUCUCUCCCUCUCUUCCCCCCUUGUCUCAAUCUCGUGACGACGACGAAUUCCAUCUCAUCAAUCUUUCAGAUCCCUAAUUCUACCUCUUCUUUGUCUAGUUAGCCGCAGGAGAAAGGGAUCCAUGGCGAAGAGCUCGUUCAAAGUGGAGCACCCGUUGGAAAGGAGACAGGCAGAAGCUGCUCGCAUUAGAGAGAAGUAUCCUGACAGAAUCCCUGUGAUUGUUGAGAAGGCUGAGAGGAGCGACAUACCGGACAUUGACAAGAAGAAGUAUUUAGUUCCUGCUGAUCUCACAGUUGGACAAUUUGUGUACGUUGUUCGCAAGAGGAUUAAGCUCAGUGCCGAGAAGGCCAUCUUCAUUUUUGUGAAGGAUACUCUUCCCCCAACAGCUGCGAUAAUGUCUGCGAUUUAUGAGGAGCACAAAGACGAAGACGGCUUUCUCUACAUGACAUACAGCGGGGAGAACACUUUUGGUUCCUCCUAAUAAGUCGAGGCGGAUAUUUUCUCUGUAAAUAAGACGUGGAAUAACUGUGUAUAGUUUCCCCAUACGCGUUCGUUGCUACUGCUAUUGGAUCAUAGACGCAUGUUCGUGCUCUUUCUUUGCCUUGCAAGGAUUCAGCAUAUUUGGAUAUCCAUGGUUAAAAAAUGUGUCAAAAAUCAUUUAAUGUCGUAUCGUGUUCUGGUUUUUACUUCUUAAUACCUGCAUUACUACUGUUAUUUUACCUAUCACGCGAAAUUAUGUGAAUACACUCUCUAAAAUCUAUAUUUAUCUGCAAGAUUAUCUA